CAAGGGGAGCCCCGCCCAUGGAGCCUCACCUGGCGCAGCCGCGGCUUUAAAGACGGCUGGCGGGGCGGGCGGAGCCCGGCACGCAAAGCGAAGCAGGCAGGCGAGCGGUACGGGGGUCCUCCUUCGGCUGGAGUGGUGCCAACGCGAGGUGGGACGCGCCCGGAGUUACCGCUAGGCUUCUCGCUUCUGACGGCGGCGGCGCUUUUAUUUCUGUUCCUGUCGCGGCGGCGGCUGCGAUGGCUUCGCGGCGGAGUUGCCUUUACCCCCCCUUCCUCCUCGUCUUCCUCAAGGUGGGGACUCUGCUAGGGGAUCGGACGCCCCCUUGCCCCGCUGGCUUCACUUCGAAACGCUUCACUUUCGUGGUGCCCGACGGAGACCUGCCUCGGGGCCACGUUUUGGGCCAAGUCCAGUUUGCAGACUGUCAGGGAUGGAGGCAGGCUUCGUACACUACAGAGGAUGCCAACUUCUGGGUACUGCCCAAUGGCACGGUCCUGAUGCAGCACCGCAUGCAGCUCCAUGGGCAGGAGGCGACCUUUGCUGUGCAUGCUUGGGAUUCCACGGGCACCAGAUCCUCUUCAGCCUCGGUUACUGUGGUGGUGCAGAACAAAGGCCCUCCUUCUUCCCAGGAGGAGCCUGAGCUUGCCUCGCAAGCAGAGGUGCUGCGGUUUCCGCCGGCAAAGCCUGGUCUGAAGAGGCAGAAGAGGGAGUGGGUUAUCCCUCCCAUAAGAGUUCCUGAAAACGAGAGGGGCCCAUUCCCCAAGCAGCUUGUUCAGAUCAAAUCCAGCCGGGAAAAAGAAACCAGGAUCUUCUAUAGCAUCACUGGGCAGGGGGCCGAUACUCCUCCUGAGGGAGUCUUCACCAUUGAGAAAGAGACGGGCUGGAUCAAAGUGACGGAGCCGCUGGACAGAGAGAAGAUAGACAAGUACCACCUUUUAUCCCAUGCUGUGUCUGACAAUGGCAAACCGGUGGAGGCGCCGAUGGAUAUAAUAGUCACCGUCACAGACCAAAAUGACAACAAGCCCCAGUUUACCCAGGAAGUCUUCAGAGGGUCUGUCCUGGAAGGAGUGACACCGGGGACCUCUGUGAUGCAGGUCACUGCUACUGAUGCUGACGAUGCCAUUGAAACCUACAACGGGGUCAUCGCUUACUCCAUUGUAAGCCAAGUACCUGAGGUGCCCCAUCAGCAGAUGUUUGCCAUCAACAGGACAUCUGGAGUCAUCAGUGUGCUUGCCAGUGGCCUGGACCGAGAGAGAGUGAGUGAAUACACGCUGACCCUACAAGCAGCUGACUUGGACGGGGAGGGAUUAACCGGCAUGGCAUUAGCAGUGAUAGAAAUCGGGGAUGCAAAUGACAACGCACCCGAGUUCAAAGAGCAAAUGUACUCGGCGGAGGUACCAGAGAAUGCGGUGGGGCUGGAGGUGGUGAGGCUGGCUGUGACAGACAAGGACCAGGUGGGCUCUCCAGCAUGGGUCGCCAAAUACACCAUCGUGCAAGGCAACGAAGGGAAUUUCUUCACCAUAUCAACUGAUCCAGAGACCAACGAAGGCAUCCUGAAAACGGCCAAAGGCUUGGACUUUGAAGCGAAGGAACAGGUCCUGUUGCAGGUGGCUGUCACCAACCAGGUCCCCUUUGUGGUGAAGCUGCCAACCUCCACGGCAACCGUGUCUGUCAACGUGAAGGAUGUGAACGAGGCGCCAGUCUUUGUGCCUCCAGUCCGGAAGGCAGAAGUCUCCGAGGACAUCCCAAUAGGGCAGAAAGUCACUGCGUACACAGCGCAAGACCCAGAUAAGAUGCAAUCCCAGAAACUCAAGUACUCCAUUGGGAAUGACCCGGCUGGCUGGCUGGCCAUCCACCCUGAAAACGGCAUCAUCACAACCAAGGGCCACCUCGACCGGGAGUCCCGCUUUGUCCAGAACAGCACCUAUAUGGCCAUCGUGCUGGUGGUGGAUGAUGGGACCCCUCCAGCUACUGGGACGGGCACCCUCAUGCUUACCUUGCUGGAUGUGAACGACAACGGCCCUGAACCUGACCGGUGGGAGAUCACUGUCUGCAACAGCAAGCCCAUCCCCCAAAUGUUGCGCAUCCUGGACAAGGACCUUCCCCCCAACACCUCCCCAUUCCGUGCAGAGCUCCUCCAUGACCCUGAUGAAAACUGGGCCGUAGAGAUGGACAGCAAAGGGGAAACGGCAAUCUUGAACCUGAUGCAGCCCUUGAAGCAAGAGACCUACAAAGUUUACCUCCAGCUCUUUGACAACAAGAACAUGGACCGGCUGACGGUCCUCACUGCAACCGUCUGUGAAUGUGAGGGGCAGGUGGACCAGUGCCCAGAGAAGCGGCUGCCCUUCAUUGGGGCUCCCAUCAUCUUGGCCAUCUUGGGGGCCAUUUUGGCUGUGCUGAUGCUGCUGCUGCUGCUGCUGCUCUUCGUGAGGAAGAGGAAGGUGGUGAAGGAGCCCUUGCUGCUCCCAGAAGAAGACACCCGGGACAGCAUUUUCUACUAUGGCGAAGAGGGAGGUGGCGAGGAGGACCAGGACUAUGACCUCAGCCAGCUGCACAGAGGCCUGGAUGCUCGUCCAGAAGUCAUCCUCAGGAAUGAUGUCGUGCCCACCCUUCUGCCAGCUCCACAGUACCGCCCGCGCCCGGCAAACCCGGAUGAAAUUGGCAACUUCAUCCACGAGAACUUGAAAGCGGCCGAUAUGGACCCCACAGCGCCUCCCUAUGACUCCCUGCUGGUUUUUGAUUAUGAGGGCAGUGGCUCGGAGGCGCCCUCCCUCAGCUCCCUGAACUCAUCCAGCUCUGAUCAGGACCAAGAUUAUGAUUACUUGAACGACUGGGGCAGUCGCUUUAAGAAGCUGGCGGACAUGUAUGGUGGGGGUGCAGACGACUAAGGGUGAUGGAUGGAUCUUUGCAGCCCACAGGCCAAGUGGUCCUGGCUGGCUUUCACCCCUGCAAUUUGGGGAUCUCUGUAAGAACCACACACCCCUCUUUUCUCGGCAAGGCCUCCCUUGCAUCGCAAUGGCUCCUGUCCAUACGCCAAAUAUUCUCCAUCUCCUUCUCAGGUCCCUGGUGUCAGAAGGGGCUGUGGAAACCUCCGAGGCCCUGAGAAGGCGAUCCUUCUUGAAGGCCGUUUUGGAGGAAGGCCUUGAUCCGGCAGGCUGCUGCCAGAGCAUUGCACUCCCUCUGAUUUCACAGGCUGCCUCCAUGAAUGUGCCUAUGAAGGCUUUCUAGCCAGACAAGCAUUGCUGUUAUGUUGCCUGCCUGCGUGCCUCUUUCACGAAGGCACCGUCCUUCACCAAGGGACCUGUGGGCAUUCAGGGAGAACCACAUUCUGUGCUGAUUCCAGAGGUCAGAAGAUGCCUUGUUCUUCCUGUUGGGGCUGGUUUGUGUCCCGCCUAUCCUCAUUUGGCGCUUCUGUAUGAGAUGCAAGGAUGGACUCUGAUGGGGCAGCUGGGAUGCCUGGCAGAGGAUGUAGUCAGUAUGUGUGAGCUGCAGAGUAACAGUUCUGCCCAGGCUUCUCCAGUCAGCUGGGUGCCUGCCCUCCACUUGGUCAGCCCCAAAAGUGCCAGCAGCCCCCUGGAAACACUUUUUUUUAAUGCUGCCUUUUAAAAUAUUAAUAGGUGUAUCCUAAGUGUUCCAUAGGUCAGUUCUUUUCUACUGUUAUGUAUAAAAUAGACUUGAUGAUGAGCUAAAGCACUGGACAAUCAGGGUGUAAAGUUUUAAUAAAGGAAUUUCUUUUUUAAA